CAAAAACAUCUGCCUCUGUAUCCAUUGCUGCAACAGAGCCACCAUGUCUUCCUCCCUCCUCCGCACGACGCCUCUCCUGCGCGCCGGCCUCCGCGCCCGUGCCGCAAAGCCUCUCGCCGCCAUGGCCACCACGAGCUUCACCCGCGGCAAGGCAACUCUCCCCGACCUGCCUUACGACUACGGCGCGCUCGAGCCCUACAUCUCCGGCCAGAUCAUGGAGCUCCACCACUCCAAGCACCACCAGACGUAUGUCAACGGCUUCAACGCUGCCGUCGAGGCCCUCGCCGAGGCUGAGGCCAAGGGCGACUCCAAGGCUGCCGCUGCCCAGGCCCCUCUGCUCAACUUCCACGGCGGCGGUCACGUCAACCACUCGCUCUUCUGGGAGAACCUCGCCCCCAACGGCAAGGGCGGCGGUGGUGAGCCCGAGGGCAAGCUCUUGACUGCAAUCAACCAGGACUUUGGCUCCUUCGAGAAUCUCAAGAAGCAGACCAACACUGCCCUCGCUGGCAUCCAGGGCUCCGGCUGGGCCUGGCUCGUCAAGGACAAGUCCUCCGGCAACCUCUGCCUCGUCACUCGCGCCAACCAGGACCCCGUCACCGGCAACUUCGAGCCCCUGCUGGGCAUCGACGCCUGGGAGCACGCCUACUACCUCCAGUACCAGAACCGCAAGGCCGAGUACUUCAGCGCUAUCUGGGACGUCAUCAACUGGGGAACCGUUUCCAAGCGAUUCGGUAACUAGACCUUUACAUCUACUUUUGCACAGAAAAAUUUGUAAAAUAAACUGGCAUUCGUAGCACAUUCCAUACUGUUACGAGUCUGCGAUGUCUGUUGAUAGUAGGAUAAAAUGACCCAAGCGUACCUAUCUGGACAGCAUGCCACUUCUUUUGGGAGGGUGAGGAUAGAUGACACAGUUUGCUGCUUUUGCCAACAUACUCGGAUCAGCUUUAACUCGUCUAUUGCUGAUUUGACACUAUUUACUUAGAGUCGAUUCAGAACGAUACACACAACGUAACUGAAGCCCUAUGUGUAUGGAU